CCGAGCGAUUGGCUGAGAGCAAGAAAUAAUUAGCAAGGGAAUCAACAGAGAAAGUUCAGGGGCAACAGAUCAGGCCCGCACCCCCCUCAAAAAACAUAUCUCUGAGGCCCCGGAGAAGACAGAGGCGUCACUUUAACUCAAAGUGCAGCCGCUUCCUGCCGUUCCACUUCUCCUGUCACGGUUUCAUCUCCCAGCAAAGACUGAGAAGCUCACAGGAAACCUGUUGCUGUGCCAUCUGGAAGUCUGCAAUCUGAUACCAGAGCAGUGUCUGUGACCUGCACUGUUGCCAUACUUCUGAGUCGGCACACCAGCUGUCCCCCUCAAUCCCUACCCCCUAGCAGAAGCACACCAUGGGGGACAACACGAUCACAUGGACUAGCCCUUCACAGGAAGUCAACCUCACCAUGCCAGCAGGUUAUGCUGGACCAGCACAGACCACUGCAGGGCCACAUGGGGACGAAGGAUUUUAUGCUAUCCUGGGAGGUGUCAUCAUCACAGUGAUUCUGGUGCUGACUUGCCUGGUCAUAGUGCUUUUGCGCUACAUGUACCGACACAAAGGAUCCUACUUCACCAACGAGGCCAAGGGCACCGAGUACGCGGAGACCGCCGACACCGCGCUCAAGGGUGACCCCUCCCUCCAGGAGGCCACGGACGAAAGCAAGAAGGAAUAUUUCAUCUGAGGAUGCAACCAAAAGGACACAUGAGAUCUAUUAUCAUCAUGACAGCGAUUGACUUCUACUUCAGCAAAAACUGUGACUAUUGGCUUUGGUACCUCAUCAUACAGUAUAUAUAUAUAUAUAUAUCAUGCCUUAUAUAUAUAUAUAGGAAAAAGCCUGGAUUUGUCAUUGAAUGAGAUCUCGAAGACUCUUCUAUCAAUAUUGGGCACAUCUGAAAUAGAAACUGGCAGUCGCAGAGCAAUAAGUGACUCGGCAAAGAAAUGUGAAAUUCCUGCACCAGGAAAAUUGUUUAAUAAUAUUUCCAGAGUUAAUGAGCAAAUGAAUCCAGCUUACAGCACUGGCCUGCCACAGACAGAAGUCCACAGCACUGACACCAAAGCGUAAAACUAAUAUUUUGUUGUAGUAAUUUAUUCAUCAACAUGCUGAGAAAACAGAACUAAAAACAAAUAAAAUAAAAUCUAUUUUAAAAGAAAUGGAGUGACCCUUCUGCAAUUAAACCAUCAUCAGACACAUCCUGGCCACAUCGACAGAACAUUAACUAGCUAAACUCCCAAUAUGCCCACAACCUACUGAAUCCCCCAUUUUCAUGACCUACUGUAAUACAAUAUAGACAAAGACCUUUGCAACUUCUGCAUAAAUACAGUAAAGUCCCCCUUUAGUUACUCAGAACGCAUGUUAUAUAUCACAUAAUGUCCAUUUAGCCAAAAUAUGCAGAUGUCUGUUAAACUGUGUCAUCUGUCACCUCCUGUAUAACAUUUUUUCAAUAUAUUUCUCAUUUGGUCAUAAUUUCGUUGUUUAUUCCAGUUCAUAUUCAGUGAAGUAAAACAUAUUUACUUUGGCUUGAAUGAACAUAACCAAAGAUGCAUUUAUCUGGUGACAAAUAGACAGUUUGUAUUAAUAGAAAGGAAAUGCAAAGGUGCAAGUGCUGUUAGGGCUGGAAAUGAUAAUGAAAGAUAUGGGGAUUAAAAGGAGCCUUCAGAGAGUCACUCCUCAUGUCCUCUAGCUAUUUUACAUAUUUGACUACCUGGGUUUUCCAAAAAUCAGCGGGUUCUGACACUGUUGCGGUUGCCUUUAGUAUCACGGUAACCUCGAUCACAUGGUUUGUCAUUCUCUUUGGAAGCUGGGGUGGCAAAUUAAUUAAAACAGGCCCUUUUUGAUCCAAUCACUAAACAAACGCUGCAUGUUUUUUUUCCUGAAGUAUUUGCCAGCUGGAGCGGUUUGUUUGAGUAGCGAGUAGCUGCUCUAAUUAUUUGUUUAGGGGUUGUAAUCAAAUUUAUGCUAAUAAUGCAAAGCCAUUGGCGUUUUGUAGUGUUUUUCUUAAACUUCUUUGCAAAAAAUAAUAAACUAUACAGUCUGUAUUA